AUGACGGAAUACAAACUCAACAUCAGGAUCGACAAGAACUGCGUCACAAAAUUCAAAACUAGCGGUCACAAGAUAUGCCUCGCCUUUGGCUUUGACACCACCGCCAGGCCCGGUUCCACCAAGUUCAACGUCAUCGGCUACUCGUCCGUCUGUGCGCGGAACCUGAUGGUGACGUGGAAGGACGACUACUCAAUCGCAGCCAGCAGCAGUGCGUUUGCGAGCGGAGUCCGCUUCGACGUGGCGACGCUGCCACAGCCCAUCUCGUCCGGGGAGACCUGGAUAUUGCCUCCAGACUGGAGCGACGGCGCCUCCACCCCGGACCCGGAUGUCUCGGACGACGACAUCCUGUUCGUCAACGAGGCAUCCUCGGCAUCUGCCGUCGUGUACAAGACGGUCAACGGCGUCGAGGCCCCCGUGUACGUCAGCCACUUCGGACCCUUGCCGCCUGGCCGGGAGGCCUUGACGCCCAGGCUGCAGGCGGCCGUCUGGUUCCAGAUGGGCGCCGAGACCGGGGCCAUGGUCGACGGGCACGACACGCCCAUUCACGUCAUUGACUUCACCAAGGAGACCUUCCACGAGGUCGCGUACGGGCCGUCGGGCUCGUGGGCGGUGUUGGAGUAG